AUGGAAGGCAUCUAUGAUGUAGCGAGUACGAUAGAAAAACAGCAACAAAACAGAAAAAGACGAAACCGAAAGAAAUUGAACACCGAAUCUAAGCCAUUCUUUCCAAUCCGACAACGACUACCGAAGUACCGUCGAGUCGGCGAAUACCCAAGUCGGAUACCGUAUUUUCUUAGGCAGAGCUCUACAAAACACGAAUUUUCCCUGUUUGAGUUUACCGAGAAGCAUAUAGAAGAGCAACUGCAACAACAGCUGGCACAAUUUCGCAAACAUCAUCGACAGCAGCAAAACUUAAGUUUUGAAAAGCACCAAAUGAGGGAAUUAGAAGAGAAAUCUCUACAGAAACAGCUGAACAACAACACAAAAGAACACAAGCUGCUGGUACAACAAUUGCUACAUUGUCAGAAACAUCAGAACCGUUUGGAUAGAGAAAUAGACAAAUUGAAAGAGCGCGAGAGAGAGCUGGGUGAUGUGAUUGAGAGUUUGAAACAAAUAACAGGAGAAGAUGGAGACGGGGCAGAUGAUGAAGCUGACACUGAUGAUGAAUAUGAUGAAUACCGCGAUCCAAAUGUAAGCCCAAAACAACUGCAACAAAAGUCUUCGUCAAAAAUAAAAGAUGACAAUUCUGACGAUCAUUAUUAUGUUGAUGAAGAAGAUGAUGAUGAUACUUAUUACGGAAGUUAUGAUGGUUAUGAUAAUUCUGAUGACGACUAUGAUGAAAAACAACAACAACAACAAAAAACUCAAUCGGAAGAAAAAAAAGAUGAUAAAGAAGACAACGAUGACGACAAUAGCGACAAUGAAUUACUACCGCCACAUCAUCAGUGGCUGUUGGGACAGCUGCUACGACUACAACAAAAACAAAGUCAGGCGCAAGUGAAAGGUUUAAAAAAAUUCAAACGAAUUAACAGAAAAAUUGCAAAGAUUUACCUACAACUCAAAAUAUUGAUAAAAAUUCUAGAAAAGUUGAUAGAACUCCACAGAGAAUACAACGAAUACAUGACGAGAAGCCUUUACCUCAACCAGCAUCUGCAAGCGAAUCGUCAGCAGUGGCAAGAACUACAAGAAGAUAUCAAACACGUGCGCGAUGCGUACUUGAGAGUUCACCCGCAUCGAAUCCAAGAUCGAGAUAAAUGUCUUAAAAAACAGCAGUACAUCUUAGAAAAACGACAUACUUUGCUAUUGAAGUUUCAUUUACAGCAAGACCACGGUCGUCUUCAUCCUCAACAGCAGCAAUCAAAACAACCACAACAGCAGCCACAGCAGCAACAACAACGACUCAACAACGAUUUUUUUUACGUAUUUUACGAUUGUGGAUACGUUGCGCACUUUAUAAAGGGACAGUUAGCUAGAAGAAGGAGAAAAAGCAGAUCUCUUGACAUCUUAAUCAUCGGCGGCCCUGGAAUUCCGAUAUCAUGUAAAGUACACCUUUGUGGCGAUAUUGCAAAAGCGUUGAGAAACAAAAAGAAUAAAAAUAAUAAUAACAACAAUAGCAACAACAACAACCACUAUAGCAACAACAACAAACACAGCAACAACAACAACAACAACAAUAAUAAUAAUAAUAAUAACAUAAACAAUAAUUCAGCUAGUGACAGUGAAUGUAAUAUUAUCGGUAGAAAUAAAAAUAUUAACGGUUUUGAAAAUGAUUAUUACAUCGAUACUGAUCAUACCGACACCGAUACCGAUUAUUAUUAUUAUUAUGAAGAAGAAGAAGAAGAAGAAGAAGAAGAAGAAGAAGAAGAAGAAGAAAAAGGCGGAGGAGGAAAUGAUGAUGAUUACGAAAACAAUAGCAAUUAUAAGUAUAAUGAUGAUGAUGAUGACAAUAAUAUUUUUAAUUUGGACCGCAAAAAUAAAUGCCUAAUUUGCCUAAAACAUUUCUUAUUACACGAGGCCAAAACCACCAUAAUAAAAUGCGGUCAUUUGUUUCACCACGACUGCCUGCAAGAGCACCUAAAACAGGGAUGUACCUGUCCAGUCUGUCGGUAUUCCAUUUACGAGCGAAUACCGAUUAAAUACGAAAUCGAUAAUCACUGUCUCGUCGAGUAUUUUUGUUAUAAAUGUUACAGCAAGGAUAAUGAUAAAUUGGAGAACGUUGAUGAUGGAAAAUGCUGCUGCUGCUGCGAAUUUAAAACAUUUGAAGUGGAUAUAAACGUUAGCGUAGAUAAACCAAAAUAA